AUGCCCGGUAUCAAGUAUCAACCGAACAACUUUCGGCGCUCGGCUUCCUAUGGGUUCUCCGUAUGUCUGCUCACUAUGCGUUCACGUCUACUACCGAAGAGCAAGCGGGCCGGGGCGGCGGCGCUGCUUACAAUGAUUCUUCUUCACCUUCUUGUAUCGUCGUCUCAGUCUACACAAACCGGCGAGAGGCUGUCGUUUCUCCACAACCCAUUCCAUCCCACACCACGGCCGCCUAAGCAAGAGGUUCUGAUUUCUCUACCGGAACUCGUGACUUUGAGCAAGCCGGACCUGCCCGAGUCGGAAUUCUGCGCCAAACGCUUCGGUCCUCGAUAUCUGAACGAACUCCGCGAUCAAAGGAUUCAAUACUGUUCGGCAGAGUCAAGCGCAAACCUGACAUGUUUCCACAGUCAUACACAAUCCAACGACAACCGCGACUCGUUUUGUAUCGGCCAGGGCGCCGUACUAGACCGCGAAAGCGGUAAAUUCCAUGUGGACUGCGAUGUGCGACAACCUACCGGCAACGAAACAGCAAAUGGCAUCAUUUCCUUCUCAAAUAUCAGAAACUACUGGUACGACACCGGUCCGGGCUUCCUAUUUCAGAACUUCGUCAAGGUUCAAGCUGGGGCAUCGCCAUCCUCAGUCACGCAAGCGCCAACCCAUCAUGGUAGCCGCCCGUUCACAAUCCUCGUGAAGAGGGAAGGCCACUCCAACAUCUGGCACUCUCUCAUGGAGAUAUGGUCGAUGGUUAUGUCCCUCGACGUCUUGCGUCUCAGUCACGACGGGAACGAUCUUAACAAACCUUUCUUUACCAUCCCUGGGGAUGUCCCACGAACCCAAGUAGUCUUCCUGGACAACCAAGAAGAAGGACCUCUAUAUCCAUUAUGGGGAAUGUUUGCAGGUCGUGAGCCACUUCGCCUCAGCAAGGUCUUGGAAGACCCAGUGCAAGCCCAGGCCCUCGCCGAGACGCCUCAGAACCUCAUCAUUCCGCUCGCCGGAGGGAGCAACCCUCUGUGGCAGAACGAUUGGGAAGAUAGAGACUGCAAGGACGCGCCGCUACUGAAGGUCUUUACACGACGAGUGAUGCAGCAAUUUGGCGUCGAAUUCGAGACGGGGCGGCGACAAGGCAAACCACUCAACAUCACACUCAUCGAUCGACGGGGCUCCCGCAAGCUCCUGGACCAGGAAGUCUUACUAGACGCAGCUCGAAAAGCGUUCCCCGACGCCAACUUUCAGGCAAUCGACCUAGGAGCGGUGACCUUCCCCGAACAGCUUCGAAUCGUACAGUCCACCGAUAUCCUGGUAGGCGUCCACGGCGCGGGACUGACGCACACAAUGUUUCUCCGGGAGAACGGCGCCGCGGUCGUUGAGAUUCAACCGUCGAGCAUGUCCCACAAGGGAUUCAGGAAUGUGGCGCAGAUGUUGGGCCAUAAGUACUUUAGCACCCACGCCGAGAUGGUGGGACAUGAGGAGGAUGAUAAGGGCAGGAAGAGAGGUCUCGUCCGACGAGACCGAUGGCACUGGGCCGAUAUUCGGAUCGAGGAGGGUGCCUUCCUUGAGUUAAUUGGACAAGCUGUGGAGGCCAUGAGAGAAUAG